CCCGACGAUGGCAAAUCCGUCGAGGCUGCCGGCUGACGAUGCACGAAUCGUCGUCGGCGCUAGUUUUUCAGUACACACGACAAUGGGGUUGUGAGUGCACCAUAUCUGCCUAUGCUAUGACGGAUUGCAGAGUCGAUCCCUCGCGCGGACGGCGCAGUAACCGCGUAGUGGCGUUACUCUAAAGACUGUCUCACAGGUCAUUCUGUGAAAUAGUCUGAUUAUGACAGCACCGGUCCAUCUUGUUCUCAUGCCUUGAUGCCACAUACUUAUCUCAUCCGUCUGGCCACCACCCACAUGCCGCAAGGCUGUCGCGGGUAGUGAGAAAAAUGUGGCAGCCGCACAUGUGUAGAUCCCAACCCUUCUUUCUUUGGCGCACUCGCCCCAUUGACCAACACAAUGCUCAAUGAUAACACGUCGUCCAAUCACGACAACGGCCUACAAAUUCAGUCCUCCACUGAUUCUUGUUUGGGUCUCCUGCCUCUUCGGUGCUACACACAUAACGCCACUCAAUUCGAUAUCAGGGCAGAAUUCUUCCAUUCAUCGACUUAGGCUCCCACUGCCCGCCCGACACUUCAAAAAACGACUUUCAAUUGAUCGAGCGGUUAUCUCAUGGUAUGAGGUAGGACCUGAUAGGUAUAUCACUGUGAGUAUAUCACAUAGUAGGGUGGAGCAUGGCUAUAUCGACACUAUCGGCAGAUGGUUUCCCGGAGUUCAUUCUCAAACUGAUAUCGGCUCCGACAAUGUUCUGAUGGGUUGAAAUCGCUUGUUGUUUUAAUGGAAUAUGCCGUUGGGUGUAUGCAAUAGAGUGGUCCCGCGCGCUCCUCCACGUGGGUGGACUUUUUUAGCGUUGCCUGCUAUUAUCAUCUCGGCUAAACACGAAACUAAACGGAAUUUGCCUUUGAACACCUUGAUAUGUUGAAUGCAGCGGUC